CCCCAUCCCACUGCCCCUCUCCCUUCUCUUCCGCACCUUUUCGCUUCUUCCUUUGACUUUGUUUUCUCCUAUUUCCUCUGUUGAGAUUAUGUGCAAGUAAUCUAGCAUUUUCCAAGUAAUUUAGCCUUUUUCGUGUGAUUUGAAAUCUGAGUUGCUGACAGCCAGAUUAAUUAUUAUUUGGAAUAUCACUUGAGAGCUAAUCGCUCAACCGAGCAGCGUCUUGAGUGCCAAAGCUCGGUAACCACAAGCCGAGAGACCAGCUUUCAAAUCCACACCGCUUCCCCUUACAGAUUUUAAAAAGGGUUACCCCCCAAGUAAACAAUACUCUCUUUUGCUAUCCGAGCAGAGACUAGAGCCCUUUGAUAUAUAUACAUUUCAUCAAGUCACAACCCUACAAACCCACCAACAUUCUCACUCCUCUCUCCUUAAAAAAAAAUGCAAAAUUUUCACCCCAUUACCCUUCUUCUCUCCCUUUGCUUCCUCUCAUUGCUCAAUGUGAAUUAUGCAGCAGAUGGGAGUAGUGAUUCAGCAAACGGUGAGAGCCCAUUCACGGCCAAGGCAUCUCUAAUUCGGUACUGGAACAAGGAGAUCCACACGGGUUUACCAAAAUCUGCUUUUCUCCUCUCCAAAGCCUCGCCAUUGAGCCCUGUCGAUUUGGCAACGUUUUCUAAACUCGCCUCCCAAAACGCUCUCUCCACUCAAUUCCCAGCUUUUUGUUCCUCUGCCAAACUCUUCUGCUUCCCCGAUUUGUCUCCCAGUCUUGAAAAGCAUGACCAAGACUCCCAUUUCGCCUUCUACUUCAACAAAAACUUCACCAAUUACGGCACUGGUCGAGCUGGUGGAGCCGACUCUUUCAAGAACUACUCCGAUGGGGUCAAUCUCCCGGUUGACUCGUUCCGCCGGUACGGCCGGGACGCUGCUGGACACGACGAGACAUUUUCCAAUUAUGCCCCUGAGACCAACGUUGCCGACCAGAGCUUUAACACCUACGGCGCAGGUGCCACCGGUGGCACUGGAGAGUUCAAGGGGUAUAAUGUCAGGAUAAACAAACCAGAUCUCAGGUUUGUGUCCUACUCUGACGGUGCUAAUGGGAAGGGCCAGAAGUUCUCGACUUAUACAGAGGAUGCGAAUGCUGGAGACGAAGCUUUCACUAGUUAUGGGAAGAAUGGGAAUGGAGUCCCGAACGAGUUCUCAGGUUAUGGGAAGAGUUCGAAUGUGAUUGGUUCAGAUUUCUCCAACUAUGGUGAGGCUGGCAAUGGGGCUAGUGAUACUUUCAAGACUUACGGAGUUGAUGGGAAUGUUCCAGAGAAUAAUUACAAGAACUAUGGCGAUGGUGGGAAUGGUGGUGUUGAUAGCUUCGCCAAUUACAGGGAAAAAUCAAACGUGGGGGACGAUUCCUUUCAGUCUUAUGCCAAGAAUUCGAAUGCACAGAAAGCAGAUUUCGUCAAUUAUGGAAAAUCCUUUAAUGAAGGGACUGAUAAGUUCACUGGGUAUGGGAAGGGGGCAGUGGGGCAGCAGAUUGGGUUCAAGAUCUAUGGAGUAAACACCACUUUCAAAGACUAUGCCAGAAAAAAGGAUGUCACUUUUUCCAAGUACACCAAUGCAGGCACUGCUGAUGCUUCGAUGAAGGUAACUAGUGACAGUUCAGCAAAUAAAAACAAGUGGGUAGAGCCCGGAAAAUUCUUCCGGGAGUCAAUGUUGAAGGAGGGAAGUGAGAUGCCAAUGCCGGACAUUCGAGACAAAAUGCCCAAAAGAUCCUUUCUUCCCCGCUCCAUCAUCUCCAAAAUACCGUUUUCCACGUCCAAAAUGGGUCUGAUAAAGGAGAUUUUCCAUGCCAGUGAUAAUUCAAGCAUGGAGCGGAUCAUCUUGGAUGCUGUUGAAGAGUGUGAGAGAGCACCCAGCCCAGGCGAGACCAAGCGCUGCGUGGGCUCGGCUGAGGACCUGAUCGAUUUUGUAAUCUCUGUAUUAGGCCGCAACGUGGCUGUCCGCACGACGGACAACGUGGAAGGGUCGAAGAAAAACGUCACGAUUGGAACGAUCAAGGGGAUCAACGGCGGGAGAGUGACGAAGUCAGUCUCUUGUCACCAGAGUCUCUAUCCUUACCUGCUCUAUUACUGCCACUCUGUUCCUAAAGUUCGGGUGUACGAAGCGGAUCUCUUGGAUCCCAAUAGCAAGACCAAGAUCAACCAUGGUGUUGCCAUCUGUCACCUGGACACAUCCUCAUGGAGCCCCACCCAUGGUGCUUUCUUAGCUCUUGGUUCUGGUCCAGGUCGGAUUGAGGUCUGUCACUGGAUUUUUGAGAAUGAUAUGACUUGGACUCUUGCUGAAGCCUCUUAGUUAAUUAAGGAAAUGCCUUGUUUCCUUCUAUAAUUUGGAUUGGAACCGUCUGCUAAGAUAACUUAGCUGCCGUCUCCCCCUCAAAAUUUAGUUAAAUGAGUCUAGUUAUUCCUAGUUAUGUUAACUAGGUUACUUUUUUUCUUGUUUUCGUUUUGUUUUGUUUUAAGAGUGGAGUUAUUACUA